GGCACAGGCCACGUGGGUUCGGUGACGUCAUCUCUGGGCGCCGAGGGUGACUGGACUUGCUGUGGGCUUCCAAGGCCCCGCGGCGCUGCGGGUUGUAUUGGCAGGAUACCGGUGGGCGGAAGUGCAGCAGAGAUCGGCACCGACCUCCACGCCGCUGCCUUCUGCGGCUGCGCGGGCUCUUGGGACUCCAGGCUCCCGCGCCUCUGCGGGACAGUGUAUCAAGCAGCCAGCGCCGCCGCCCUGCCAGAGCCCGGGAUCCGAGCGUCUUCAUCGGUGCAGGAAGCGGGAGAAGGAGCUGGCAUUUCUGUGUGGCUUUGGGUGAAAAAAGAAUUUAGCCUAUAUGCACUGCUUUACCCACUGGAAGAAUGACAGAUGACAAAGAUGUGCUUCGAGAUGUAUGGUUUGGGCGAAUUCCAACUUGCUUCACCCUGUAUCAGGAUGAGAUAACUGAACGGGAGGCAGAACCAUAUUAUUUGCUUUUGCCAAGAGUAAGUUAUUUGACGUUGGUAACUGACAAAGUGAAAAAGCACUUUCAGAAGGUUAUGAGACAAGAAGACAUUAGUGAGAUAUGGUUUGAAUAUGAAGGCACACCACUGAAAUGGCAUUAUCCAAUUGGUUUGUUAUUUGAUCUUCUUGCAUCAAGUUCAGCUCUUCCUUGGAACAUCACAGUGCAUUUUAAGAGUUUUCCAGAAAAGGACCUUCUGCACUGUCCAUCUAAGGAUGCAAUUGAAGCUCAUUUUAUGUCUUGUGUGAAAGAAGCUGAUGCAUUAAAGCAUAAAAGUCAAGUAAUCAAUGAAAUGCAGAAAAAAGAUCAUAAGCAGCUCUGGAUGGGAUUACAAAAUGACAGAUUUGAUCAAUUUUGGGCCAUCAACCGGAAACUCAUGGAAUAUCCUGCAGAAGAAAAUGGAUUUCGUUAUAUCCCUUUUAGAAUAUAUCAGACAACGACUGAACGACCUUUCAUUCAGAAGCUUUUUCGUCCUGUGGCUGCAGAUGGACAAUUGCACACACUAGGUGAUCUCCUCAAAGACGUUUGUCCUUCUGCAGUGGCUCCUGAAGAUGGGGAAAAAAAGAAUCAAGUGAUGAUUCAUGGAAUUGAGCCAAUGUUGGAAACACCUCUGCAGUGGCUGAGUGAACACCUGAGCUACCCAGAUAAUUUUCUUCAUAUUAGUAUCAUCCCGCAACCAACUGAUUGAAGGAUCAAGUCUAUGCCUGAAUGGAAUUGCCCUUAAACAGGAUUUACCAGAGCAUGCCACCCUUCUGCUUCAGUCAGGUUUAGUGGAGGCAACCUGACCAGAAACACUGCUGCAAGCCAAACAGGAAGAUGAUUCCAUGUCAGAUAAGGGCACUCGGGCUGGUCUUACUUUGCAUCACCACUGCUUUCCUCCACUGCCGUCAUUAAACCUCAGCUGCGGCAUGAAAG